CGUUCUGGGCAUUUCGUUUGUAUUCCGAUCCGCUAUUUACACAUUCCAAGAUUUCAGGCUCUUUCUUGUUUAAUAAUUGUAAACUGUCGUUGUGCAGUUUUCAUAGCACAUGCAGUACUGUGUAAACUGAAUAGUGAAUACUAAUCUCUUUCCACAACGGAAUCUACUGUGAAACGUAAAAAUGUCAACAUCCACGGAUCCGAGUAACCGGGUUUAUCGGGAUAUCUGGAUCCUUCUCCAGGAACUGGGAGUUCCCGAUUCGUUCGUUCAGGAUUUCGAAAGAAAUGGACGGGUUAAGAUCUCUGCGUUAAACUGCAACGUCGUGCAGCUGCUACGGAGAUAUUAUGGUACGCGCACGGUGGACCAAGGAAUGUCUUUACACGAGAACACGGCGAUGCAGAGGAAGAAGAAACACCCAUCGAAAAAGAGCGUGAUAGCGUCGCAGCCUAAUCGAAGCAAGUCUGGAUCCGAAGCGGUGCGAAAGCCCAUGAAGACGUCAAUGCAGCUGCCGGUGGAUAAUUCCUUUCCCAAGUGGCUGACGGAGACCGUACCCAAACCGUUCCCGUACUUUCCGCAGAUCGGGGAUGUGGUGUACUAUUAUCAGGAGGCACAUGAGAAGUAUGUUAAUCAGUUAGCGGACGACGGCGUUUCAUCCAAAUUAUUCAAAGGAAUGCCUAAACCGCACUGGAAUUUUAUGGAAGUGGAAAAGCUGGAAAUUGUUGCUCUAAAGUUUGUCAACGUCAUUGUCAAGCUGCCGGCACAGGGCGCUCCCACGAUCCACCACCUAGCCGAGAUUAAAGUGAAACGCAGACUCACUCCACCGAAUGGGAGGACGUUCAAGAUCAGCUUUCACGAAAUGCCUGAUAUCGAAGAUUUUCUUGUGCCGGAGCACCAUGUGCUGCGGUGUCAGACUGAAAUGUGGCAAGAAGGAGACCGCGUGAGAAGUCUGUUUUGGGACAAAGGCGAACUUCGUUGGUACAAAGGCACCAUUGACUCCGUGAUGCCCGAGGCACCCGGCAUGUACCACAUGCUUAAAGUCAGGUGGGACGGAUCAGAAGAUGCUGAACCGAUUAGUCCAUGGGAGCUCUAUUUAAUUACGUCAGAAGAAGACAGAUCACUAGAAGACGGUACCAUUGUGACCGCCGCCGAACUGCGUAGCAUGGCCUACCAACCAACACCGGCUGACUGGAAUAACUGCGAUCCUGCCACGGAAAUGAACAGCAUUCUGGAACAACUGCACACCGUGUCCGUGCUGCAGGACCGGAAUCGUUCAUCGCCCCGAUUGACCUGGAGCGCUAUCCGGAUUACAUGAUGGCGAUAGCGUAUCCUGCAGAUUUGAAUACUAUCCGGCAACGCUUGUCGCAGCAGUUUUAUAGACAUAAAGCAGCCCUGAUAUUCGACUUCGAACAGAUCGCCAGCAACUGCGAAAAGUACUAUGGAAAUGCACUGCAGAUUUCUAUGCACGCCAACAUCAUUGCUGACAUUUGUACCGAUAUUACCAAUGAUCCGUCGAUAUCGAUUGUUCGGGGAUCAGAAUACCUUGAACGCAUGAAGAAGAAAUGGCGCACCGAAUUCGAAGGUCGUAAGAAGGCUGAGACUGCAGCUGCAAGGCGUCGCGCCUCACCCAACCCUAGCACCUUCGCUGACUCGUCCAUCUUAUCGGAUUCCGACGAAGAGAAAUCCGCCAAAGAUAAUAACAACAGCGAGUCCUCAAAGCAGACGGACGAUGACGAGUCUAGCGACGUGGAAGUGGAUGCGGAGCCGCCCGCCGGCCGAAGAUACGUCGGAAGCGCCCAGUGAGGACGACGAUGAUGACGACGAACACAAUCACGGUCAGAAGGUCCGUUCCCAGCAGAAAGAAGCCGUGCUGAGCCGCUUGGCCGCUCGUCUGAUGAUGGCCGAUCGUCGGACGGAUUACUCCCGAGGUCCGGGGCAGCUGCGACGGGAUUCCAUGUCGGAUGAAUCGAAGAUGGGUCAUCACCGUGCCAGCCCCCGGAAAGCGGUUAAACCAGCGAAACCACACCGUCCCAUGGCGCGAGAGACGGUCGACAGCGCGGCUAAACCGUUGCAUAAAAAAACCGCCCAGGGGAGCGGUGUGAGUGCAGCCCGAUCGCAAGGUGGCCGCGGCAAGCGGCGGCAUUACAGCGAUGACGAAUCGGAUUUGGAGACGAAUCCCCAUAGCCCGGCGCAAAGCGGGCGUUGAUCGGAAUCCGUGGUUUCGCGGUGAACACGCGCAAUGGAGGGAAAGUGAGCUGGCCGACGCAAAAGUCGUGAGCUGUGAGAUGAUCGCUGGCGUUUAUGGAGGAUCAUGGUAUAAUUUCAUUAUCGUUUUAAAGAAAAAUGCUACUGUACUGGUUGUGGAAUGUUUACUUUAAUCGCUCAUCAUACUAUCUUUGGUUUCUUUUUUUUAACUGCUUAAUAAAGAAAUACUUACUGUAGUCAGUUAUUACAAAUGAUCUGCUUGUAUAAGUAUUCACUUGCUUAAAUUCGUUAGCUUUGUUUUCCAGUAACAUGGGGUUGUGAAUCGAAGAUGGUUUACGGUAUCAGCAA